AUGAAGCUUCUAUAUGUAGUUCAUCAUUGGGAAACUGGGGCCUGUAGCUCCUACCUUGUAAAUAAGGACAUUGCUAAGUAUUCCCGUUCAGGGCGGCUGUUGAAAUCGAAGUUUGAAUGGGACUAUUCACUGAACAGAGCUCUUGCCUUCAAUGUUGAGACAGAGUUGAGGAUUCUUGCCAUUCUAGAAGCUCAAAGAGAUGAAAACUGUCGUACACACCUGGUGAAGGUUACAUUCUAUGACAGUUACUCUUAUGAAUUCCUUGAUGAACUGGACAUAUCUACCACGGUUGAUGGGGAUAUUGAGACCAACCGACUCAGUGUUCACAUGGACAGAGACAUCUUGAACAUUGUUGUGUAUAAAGGGAACCAGUACACCAUCUUUUCCUACCGCCUGAAGGAAAAAAUAGAGACGGACGAAAAUGCACCCAAUAAAUUGAAAGUUGUUAAGAAGAUAAGAGAGAGAGAUGUCCAUAAUAGGAGGUCUGUCAGCUAUGCAGAAAGUGACAGUGAAAACAGUGAAGGUGGUAAUGUGAGAAGAAGACAAAGAGAGAGGAAUAGAAGGGAAAGAACACAAGGAAGAAGGAGAAGAAGGAGGCGGGCACAAGGGGAAUCUAGUGAAACUGAGGUGGAACAAGACUCUGACGAAUGGGUGCCAUAGUGCUUCU